CUCUGCGAUUAAAGUACCCGACUUAGCAUACAUAGUGUGAAUUGCGCCCAAGUGUUCAGAGACUACAUACAUAUGUAUAUAUUGUUUGCGAAUUAAGCGUCCGACGACUAGGGCGAAUGUUUCAUUCUUCUCAGUUGCAUUUUAAACCGUGACACUUUCAAAAGCAAUGAAGCGCACAACGUUUGCUUAUAUUAUAUUCUUGUUUACAUUUUGCAUGCCUAUCAGCGCCGACUUCGAGGAGAAAACUGAGGAUGAUUUCUUGACUGCCAGUGAACAUUGUUACGAACGUGAACGCUUGCCGGCUAGCUAUCAGCGCCGCUUCGACAACUUUGAUUACCCCAACGAAGAGCCAGUGCAUCGAUAUGUACAUUGCAUUUGGACAGAGCUAAAGCUGUGGAAUGAUCGCACCGGUUUCAAUGUAGAGCACAUAGCGGCGCUUUAUCGCGAUAAAGCGAAUACGGAAGUACUGGUGCCAAUAUUGAGCGACUGCAAUCGAAAUGCACAAAAUGAGCCGACACUUAAGUGGUGUUUCAAUGCAUUCAAAUGUGUGUUGAAUAGUCGCGUGGGUCAAUGGUUCAAGGAGGAUGUUGGACGUAAGUUACAAGACACAAAAACGACAAAUCAUCUCGGUUGAGCUGCAUGCGUAUGCAUACAUAUGUAUGUAUGUAUGUAUGUACAUAUGCAUUUAUAUACCUACGAGUAGUAGAAAUUAAAGAAAAGCAAAAGUUUUGAAUAUCUGUUUAUACUUUGGCGAAAUCAAAUGCCAACUUUAUUAACUGAUAUCAUUUAAAUUACAUCUACAAAUAGUAAUACAAUGUGCUUAAAAUAAACUUAGUUUGCAAAUUUAAAAUA